CCGGCUCUUCCCCCACGCCGCGCGGGCCGGGAGCGGUGCGCGCCCGCGGAGCCGCCCGCGGAGCCCCGCGCCAUCGCGCCGCGCUCUCUAAUUGAAAUGGCGCUUUUGGCCGGGGGCGGGCUGCCAGGGCGCUCCGCAAUAGCACAAUGCAUGUCGAUAGACGUCAUUUGGUUUUAAUGGCCUACAGGAAAUUUGGCGUUUACAAUGCGAGACAUUAGCAAAGGGUGAAAGGGAGGGGGAGACAGGAGGGAGGGAGGCGAAUAAUUGCGCCCCCUCCGCCUUCGAGACCCCCCGUCCGCGCCCCGGCGGCGCUCGGUGCUGCGGGGGGGAAGGGGGAAGUCGGGAUUAUUUUUAAAAUUAUUAUUUAUUUUUGAACUUGAUCUAGUUUAUCAACAAGUGCAGAGUGGGUGCUACCCUAAUUGUAACAGAGGAGUCAAGAAAUGUGAGAAACGUGCCCUGUGUUACUUAUUUGGGAGCUGAAAAUUUAUGCCUAGUUGAAAACGCCUGGGGAAAUAUUACAUCAGACCAAAUGACAAUGAUUAAAAUCAGCUUUUUUCCCCCUUCCAGCCCCCAUCCCCCUUUUCCUCCUUCUUCUUUUCAGUAAGUCUGUUGAAGGACGUGACAGUGGCCUGAUCCUCCCCAACACCGAACCGUUAUCCCCAGGGCCGGGCAGCGCUCCGCGGGGCUGAGCGGGGCUCCCGCCCCGAUCCGCGCUUCUCUGCGCGGAGGGGCUCUGCGGACGGCGGGGCCGGGGAGCCGGCCGCCUUCCCAGCCUGAUUUAAUUUUCAAGGGUUGUGUUUUAUUUUAUUCCGGGGGGGGGGGGGGGGGGGGGAGAGAAGUAAGAAUAAAUCUGGAGACCUUCACCAAAAGGAGGGGAAAAUAUCCAAUUUUCAUCGCAAAAUUAGCUCGGGCGAGAGCAAAGGGCUGAGCUAAUUGUAGCCUAAUCCUCUGCCCUGCAGGCGUUUGCAAAGCCCUGAGCAAGAAUUCGCUUUUUUUCCUCCUCUUCUCCCUUCCCUCUGUUAUUUAGAGACGGGAUUAUUGCCUUUCUUCUCAUAACAGCCUCGGCAGUUUCAUUUAAAGGUUUUUUUUUCCCCCUCACACACACACACAUCCACAGACACACAGAAUAAAUAGAAAAAGAAGCAGCAAAAACGGGGGGAGAGGAGAGACAGAGGAGCUUUAAAAAUAAUAAUAAUAAUAAUAAUCACAGCAGGAUCUGCGGAGCAAAGACAGUAAUAAAAGCAAAAAGCUGAGCCCAUCACACACAAACCCAACAGAGCCCAAAGCCAAAGGGGGGCUUGCACAUCUCUUCCGUGCUCAAGCAUGGGCAGCGCCGGCGGAGCCCCGCGGCCCGGGGUGCCCGCGCUGCCGUCCCGGCCCCGGCUUUGAAGACGACGGCCAAGCCCCAGCGCGGCGGAGGCAGCGCGGCUCGCUCCGCGCUCUCGCAUGGAGGGAAGAAGCAUGUCCCGUCUGUCUCUGACACGGUCCCCGGUUUCUCCUCUGGCUGCACAAGGAAUUCCUCUCCCAGCCCAACUCACCAAGUCGAACGCUCCUGUGCAUAUUGAUGUAGGAGGACACAUGUACACCAGCAGCCUGGCUACCUUGACGAAGUACCCGGAUUCCAGAAUAAGUCGCCUGUUUAAUGGCACAGAGCCUAUUGUCUUGGACAGUUUAAAACAACAUUAUUUCAUUGAUCGAGAUGGUGAAAUUUUCAGAUAUAUAUUAAGCUUCCUAAGGACAUCUAAGCUACUGCUCCCAGAUGACUUUAAGGACUUUAAUCUUUUAUAUGAAGAAGCAAAAUAUUACCAGCUGCAGCCAAUGAUUAAGGAACUUGAGCGAUGGAAACAAGAGAAAGAACAAAGGAAACAUUUCCAGCCUUGUGACUGCUUGGUCGUCAGAGUGACUCCAGAUCUGGGAGAGAGAAUUGCAUUGAGUGGGGAGAAAGCUUUAAUAGAAGAGAUCUUCCCGGAGACUGGGGAUGUCAUGUGCAAUUCUGUGAACGCCGGCUGGAACCAGGACCCUACCCACGUUAUUAGGUUUCCUUUGAAUGGGUACUGCCGGUUGAACUCAGUGCAGGUGCUUGAAAGAUUAUUUCAGAAGGGGUUCAAUGUGGCAGCUUCAUGCGGUGGUGGGGUGGAUUCCUCUCAGUUCAGUGAAUACGUGCUGUGUCGUGAGGACAGACGACCACAACCCACUCCAACCAUCAGAAUAAAACAGGAGCCCCUGGACUAGACCCUACCCCCCUACUCCUUUGUAACCGUAUAAGUGUUUAAUAGUCCCUUAUGUGAAACACUAAGAAUUCGGAAAACAGUAUUAGCAAACAGAUUUUGACUUUAAGUUGCCAAUUAGUGGUAUUCUGAAACUACCUGUCACAUAGCCAGCCAUGAAAUGCAUUUGAAAAACCAGUUGUUCGUUUUUCACGAUGGAAUUACUGAACAUGCUCAGCAUCCCAGGCCGGCUGGGAAUGUACUUUGGGCUGAACAGCGGUGGUGGUGGUGGAAAAGGCAAAGGUUCAUCAGCCACUGGCCCUAGGUUGGACUUGUGAAAGAGCAGUAAAAGCAAUUUGAAUAGAUCAGCAGGAGAAGCAGUUCCAACAGCCUUUCCAGCUGUACCCCGACGCUGUGACGCAUGGAAGCAGGAGCCUCCGAGAGGAAGAUGGUUCCUUAAAAAGUGCACUGAGUAUCUUCCCUGACUGCCGCACCUCCUUCAUAUCAGACGUGGUUUACACCUCCAUACAUGACGUGACACUUCUGUGAUUGUACUCGCUCGUACUAGCAAAUGGCUUAUUUUUAUACUACAUUUUCAACAGAUAUAUCUCCCUAUGGACAGACUCCAGAAUCUGAAAAGGACCAAUUUAUAGUCAACUGGUGCUCCGUACUAAAAAAAAAACCACACUAAACAAAAAAAUAGUGACAAAAAAAUUGACAAGGCCCAUUUUGGCAAUGUUUGCAAAAGUAGGGAUCUGGAAGCACAAAACAAAAUGCUGCCAUCCCACAAGGGUGACAUACCCAACAUGGAGCUGUAGUUCUCUUAAAGACAGUCUUGUUUUGACUCAGAAACUGUUAGGUUUGGCAUCAUCAAAGCAGCGUGGUUCUGCCAAGCAAGCUCUGCCAUCCCUUGUUAAUCAUUUACUGACCAUGUUGUAAGCCCACAUUUAGGAGGAGGCAUUAAGAAUUUUAGAUAAGCCUACAUUUUUUUUGCAAAAUUACUAUUAUUUGUAAUUUUGCAAAACUAUGUUAAACCCCUCUCUACUGUCCGAUGGAAGCCAGACGUGCUUGUUUAGAUUCGUUUCCCUCUAUUUCUGUAAACUAUUAUUAAAAUACAGUUUGGUAGCUGCCCCCACCUGUAAUUUUGUCUAUUGAAGCAGGCUGUCUGCAGGAGGUGACUGCUCCUUCCAUAAAUUGGUAUCAGCUCUGACUCACAGGGCUUCCUAACUCAGGAGACAGCACCGGGUUUGCAGGUGCAAGGUUAUAAAUAGCAUUCUGCUAAAUCCUGUUGAUUGCUGUUUGGCAUGAUUGGGUCCUCAGUAACUAUUUCAUGUGUUAAUCACAGUUUAGUUUCUCCCACAUUAAUUUAUAGAAUACUGUUGUAGAUGCUGAAUUUUAAUGAAACUCUUCUUAGAUGCAUAAAUACAGCCAGAUAGAACAAGGGACAGAGUAUGAAGUGGUCAGAAAUUCCUUAAUGCCAAUUGAUCACAAUCAGGCAAAAUUAAAAAAAUCAUUUUUUAAGACUAAUACUUUCAACAGCAGUGAGCUGUACUGGCUGCCCAAGGGACAAUCUAGGCAGGGGUCUAAUUUUUGGAAGAGGGCUGGAUACCUGUCCAUGGAAAAUCAGACCUCCCUAGGUUUCCUCACCUUGGUUGCCCAACUCGGCAAUCUCGCAGCCAGUCAGCAUUAGCCUGCUAAUUUAGCGGAACACUUUGAGCACAUGUGUCUACUUCAAAAGAGUUGUAAAGUUAUUUUAUUUUGUGGUUUUAUACUUGUAUGACAUUCUUAAGUUGCUAGGCAUUGCCAUAUCUGAAUAUAUGGCACAACAUUCACCUUUGUAUGUAAGAUAUCUGUAGAAUUGUACAUUAUACAUUUAAUAUUGUAAAGAACAUAAUUGUCAUGUAUUUGUGUAUGCACAUUUCUCAUACAGUAGUUCAUGCCAUAAACAUUUCUGUAAAGUAAGUGAUCAAAAAUAAGCAAGUAGGGUGGAACACUCACUGUAUCUUCCAUGUUGUUUGAAAGACGUGAGAGUUUUCAAUUGCAUCGCUUCUGGCUUUUGCUCCAUUCACCUCUAUGUAGCCAGGUCUUACAAAGAGGAAAAAAAAGUGUUUUAUUUAUUACUUUCAUACAUUGAGUUCACUUUGAGUUCAGAGUAUCCUUAAAUAAGCUGUUUAGCUUGUUUUGAUCCUACAUACACUUAAUGUCUUGCCCUCCUGGACAGGGAGGUUUGUGGUUGGUUGGUUUUUCUUCAGAUUGGUGUUUUUUACCCUGUGUUUCUUUAGAGCUCAAUAAAACAGCUCUAGUGACUGGGGCAGCUUGCUAAGGUGGCAUUGGAAAGGGUUCCAGGCUGCACCAGCCAAGUUAAAUGUGAACUUGAGAUGGAAAGUUUGAGCCAUGACAUCACAGCAUUGACUGCAAAAUAGCACUAAGGCAAAGAAGACAUGUGGAAACAAUCACUUGGAUAGAAGAAAUAUGCCUUUAAAACAAAGUUAAGCUAGGACAUGUUCUUUUAGUUAGUAACUUCAGGUCACUUAUUUAAAGUUUAUUACAGUUUCUUUUAUAUCUUUUUUUAAUUUCCCUAUAUUUUUAAGGCAGCAAUAGCAGCAAAAACUGAUCUGAAUUCUUACUUCUGGCCUUAGACCAUAGCAACAUAACUUAAGAACAUUGCUCAGCAUUGCUAAGACGGAUUUUAGAACACCCCAGCAAGCCCAGCGAAGGCUAAAAAACCAUGGAGGCCAAGAAGCAAACACAGCCAGGCUUCUCGCCCAACUCAGCUGCACAAAACAGUCCCAAUUCUCCGUUGCUGAAAACUGAACCUGUGGCUGGAAGAACCUGGGUCUUCAGUAGCACUUCCCAUACACUUCCCACCGCUGUGCUCCCAAGCCUCGGAAGGAAAGCAAGAGAGAAAAUGUUCUGUUGUGCUUCUUGAACUGACAACUGCUGAGUGCAUUCAUUCACUGUAUUAACAGCAUCAGGGUUCGAUGACAAUUUUAUUAGAUGUUUGACAAAGGAUAAGGAUCAGCACAACAAAACACUGAAGUAUUUGGGUUUAGUAUUUCUUUGAGGGUAUUCUGUUAAUAUUUUAAUGCAAAAUGUUCCUGAACAGUGCUCAAGAACGACAAGACAAUGUGAAAUUCCUGUUUGAUAAAUUAAUACUGUAUGUUACUCGAUGUGUUACUUUAGUAAAUUGUUUUAUUUCUUUAUAAAAUAAGUACAAAUAAGGGAGUAUGUUUUCACACAAGUUGGGGAUAUUUACGAAUAUGUACAUAAAUCAUCAAAAUAACGUAAUUCUAAUAAACACAAGGCCUUUAUAAACAACAUGUACAAAUGAUCAAUAAAUUUAAAACAUAAUUUUACACUUUCUGGCCUUAAAUAUGUUAUGAAUAAUCUUUUGGCUAAAUAGCA